CUGGAACAAAGGCACAUUCAAGAUUACAAUUUUGAGCAAUGGAUCUUGAAAACAUCAAGACAUGGGCAAUAUCAUGGAUCACAUGGCCUUUCAGUUUCGUUAGCCGCCCAAUCAAAGAUCCUAUCAUUGGUGCCUUUGCAGGAUGGGCUUCCAUCUGGUUUCUGUUCCACAUUGGAAACACUGUUCUGGUGUACAUGGCAAUAUUCAUCAUUGUUUUCUCGGUAGCGGAGAAGAAUAAAGUGAUCACCAUUCACUGGGAUAGAUUAAGAGGACUCCUCAGUGGCAGACAAGAUAUAAAGGAGGCCACUAGAGAAAAGUUUCCGAGUUGGAUGCAGGCAAUCCAGGAAUUCCUCACAAAUCAUAUGUUCUUUUCCAUUGGAUACAUAGUGGGACUUGUUGUUGGAAUAAAAUUCUGAUGGUCAUUCCAAAUGAUCUGUU